AGCUGAUUGGUGGAUGACGCCUGCGUCCGCAUGGCAACCACAAGCUGUGUACAAGAAGCGAAGCAGAGUGCAGCCUAUGAAUAAUAAUAACAUAUAAGAGCCGCUGCUGUGUGAGGCUUAGAGGACGCUGGAAACCUGCACACUGCAGAGAAUGACUGCCGGAGGGCUGCGGAUGACAGAACAAGUGAAGCUUUAGAGCAACAGACCGUUUUGCUCAUCAGUAACAUAUUCAGCUAAGUGCUAUCCGCUUAUCCCAUAUACAAGCAUGACGGCAGAGGAGAUCAUCAACAUCAAGGAGGCCGAGGUGAUCAAGCUGAUUCUGGACUUCCUGAACUCCAGGAAGCUGCACAUCAGCAUGCUGGCUCUGGAGAAGGAGAGCGGGGUCAUUAAUGGGCUCUAUUCAGAUGAUAUGCUUUUCCUCCGGCAACUCAUUCUGGAUGGGCAGUGGGAGGAGGUGAUGCAGUUCAUUCAACCCUUAGAAGGAAUGGAUAAGUUUGACAAGAAAAGAUUCCGUUAUAUCAUCCUAAAGCAGAGAUUUCUGGAAGCUCUGUGUGUGAAUAACGCCAUAUCAGCUACAGAGGAUACACAUAAUCUGGAGUUUACCAUGCAGGAGGCUGUGAAGUGUCUCCACAGUCUGGAGGAGUUUUGCCCGACCAAAGAUGACUAUAGCAAGUUGUGUCUCCUCCUCACUCUGCCUCGCCUCACCCACCACGCUGAGUUCAAAGACUGGAAUCCGAGCACGGCCCGCGUCCAUUGCUUCGAGGAGGCCUGUGCUAUGGUGGCCGAGUUCAUCCCUGCUGACAGGAAGCUGAGCGAGGCAGGCUUUAGAGCAAGUGGGAACCGUCUCUUCCAGCUGCUCAUCAAAGGGAUCCUUUAUGAGUGCUGUGUAGAGUUCUGCCAGAGCAAAGCAACAGGUGAAGAGAUCAGAGAAGGGGAGGUGUUGCUCGGCGUGGACUUACUUUGUGGGAAUGGAUGCGAUGAGCUGGAUCUGUCACUCCUAUCCUGGCUGCAGAACCUCUCCUCUGGUGCUUUCACUUGCGCCUUUGAACAGAAGACGCUCAACAUUCACGUGGAGCGCUUAGUGAAACCCAGCAAGGCUGGACACGCGGACCUCCUUACUCCUCUAAUCGACCGCCUCUCUCCCCGCCCCACCUCGCCCUGUCGUCACAGACCUCAUUCAGCAGAUACCUACAUGUCAAGGUCCCUCAACCCAGCUCUAGAUGGUUUGUCCCAUGGACUGGCAGCACAGGACAAAAGAGGCAUGGAAACCAGUGUGAAAUCUACACUCAGUCGGAGUCUAGUUGAAAAUAAUGUGCAUCAGCAGGAUGACUCCCCAGAGAGGAAGUACUCACAGGUGAUGGAUGGACCACACAACACACGCACCCCUCUGACUCCAGGGAAAGAUGGCGGCCCACCAUGCAGCACAGACAUACUGGAGCGCCGUGACUCCGCAGAGCACAUCCAGGAGUACUACAAGCAGCGCCUCCGUGUGCAGCAGCACCUGGAACACAAGCAGCAGCAGAGGCAGCUCUAUCAGCAGAUGCUGCUGGAGGGAGGCGUGAAGCAGCAGGAUGGAGCCCAACACAACCUCACUGAGACUUUUCUCAGCAGAUCCAUUCAGCGGUUGGAGGAGAUGAAUGUGGGAAUCGAUCCCAAAGGAGAUGAAGUGAUGGCGCAUCUGGGUCAGCAAUGGAAUGGGUUAACAACUAACAGCAGCACCUCCAACAUCCACAACACAGAUAAGGGACCUGUGAGGAGCCAGUCAGGUGGGGGGAGCAGUGGCACCCAGUUAGACUCUGGGAAUCAUGGUCCUCUUUCCCUCAGUGAGUCACCAGUACCUGUCAGUCGCAGUGCUGAAAGAAUCAGAGCUUCUCCUGCAUCAGUCCAAGAUGAUCCUGGGAGCUCCACCAUUAGAAACACACAUGAGAAUGUGAAGUCAAAAAGCCACUUUGUAAGAGUGAGUCAGCUAGAGGACACCCAGGCGGUGCGAGCCGUGGCCUUUCAUCCAUCAGGAGCUCUCUAUGCGGUCGGCUCUAACUCCAAAACCCUGAGAGUCUGUGCCUAUCCAGAAACACUGACCAGCAGUGGUUCAGGUGUUGCCAAACAGCCCUCGGUGCGUUUCAGACGAAACAAACAUCAUAAAGGCUCAAUCUACUGCGUGGCUUGGAGCCACUGUGGACAGCUGCUGGCCACCGGUUCCAAUGAUAAAUAUGUGAAGGUUUUGCCUUUUAACGCAGACAGCUGCAAUGCUACAGGUCCAGACCUGGAGUUUAGCAUGCAUGAUGGUACCAUACGAGACCUGGCUUUCAUGGAGGGUCCUGAGAGCGGGGGGUCCAUCUUGAUCAGUGCCGGUGCUGGAGACUGUAACAUAUACACAACAGAUUGUCAGAGAGGGCAAGGCCUUCAUGCACUGAGUGGACACACAGGGCACGUUCUGACUGUGUACACAUGGGGAGGUUGGAUGAUAGCCUCGGGCUCCCAGGAUAAAACGGUCCGGUUCUGGGACCUCCGUGUGCCCAGCUGUGUUCGGGUGGUUGGAACGACUCUACAUGGAUCAGGGAGUGCUGUAGCUUCGGUGGCGGUGGACCCAAGCGGCCGCCUGCUGGCCACCGGUCAGGAGGACAGCACCUGCAUGUUGUACGACAUCCGAGGCGGACGCAUAGUUCAGACCUUCCGCCCCCACAGCAGCGACAUUCGCUCUGUGCGCUUCUCGCCUGGAGCCCAUCAUCUCCUCACCGGUUCCUACGACAACAAAAUCAUCAUCAGCGACCUUCAAGGUGACCUGACCAAGCCGCUGCCUCAGACGCUGGCCGGGGAACACUGGGAUAAGGUGAUUCAGUGCAGGUGGCACCCACACGACCGAACGUUCCUGUCCUCAUCAGCCGAUCGAACUGUCGUCCUCUGGGCUCGGAGCUCCUGAUGAUCUCAAGAAAUGAGCCAUCACCAAGGACAGAGCUGUAGUCUUCACAAACACACAGUGUCCACAUACACCCGGUCUAGGCUGUUUAAUGUGAUGCUGUAGAACAACCUAUACUGUAGUGAUAGUGUGAGGAGUUGAUGCAUUCUGAAGGCAGCAUAGACUGAAUGCUAUCUGUAUGUGCAUCUGUGCAAGUAUUCCUUGUUGGGCACUCUAAAGUCUGUGUAAUUGAGUUUAAACGUCAACUGUUACUAAAGGUGGACCUAAAAGUUUUUUUGAUGAUCAAAAAAAACAAAAAAACAACACAGAAGUAUAUUUGAACUUGUUAUUUAGGUUUAACGUGACUCCUAAGGCCCCUAAAAUACCUUCUGUGUUUGCUUGUUACAUUGUUGUACUGAUAUAAAAAGGUUGGAUUAAAGUAAACAAAACAAAACAGAGUUCACUUCAA